AACAAUUCACAAACUACGAUCACACUAAUAUACUAUCUUGGCAACAACUUUCAUACACAAUAGAUAAAAAUCUAAGAGGAAGAAAACUGAAAUGGUUCAACUCUAUUACUACAAAAAUCAAAGAAAUUCUUUCAGAAAAAAGAAUUACUCUAACUACACCAAAUCCAUUUAUACUUAAACAACCAAC